UAGCAAUGGCAGAUGGUGGGACAGAUCCUGCUGUGUUCACCUCCAGCACUCUGCCCUCAGAUCCCCGCCUCCUUGCGACAGUGACCAAUGCCUACCUGGGCACCCGAGUUUAUAGGGACAUCCUCCAUGUGAACGGGGUGUAUAAUGGGGCAGUGGGGGACACUCACCGUGCCGAUGUCCCCAGCCCUGUCAACGUCAGAAUCAACGUGCCUGGUGAGGAUGGACUGACAGAGACCUUCACUUUGAACACCAGGACAGGGACUUUCAGCCACUUGCUUCAGUCGCCAGGUUACACCGCCACCCACAGGAUCUACGCCCACCACUCCCUCGUACACCUGCUGGCCUUCAGCAUCACCAUCAAGCGAUCGACUACCAAAGGCCCGCCAGUGACUGUGCAGCUCCAGAUGCAAUUCACGCCACAGAGCCGAGAUCUGGACUUGCACAAGGGGCAGGACUUCCAGGGAGUUCAAUAUAUCUAUGGGAAAACUUUGAUCCCCGAGGUGGAGGGGGCUCCCCAGCCCACGGUGCACAUGAUCUGGACUCCGGUGCCGCAGGCUGUGACCCUACCAGGGGAGGAGCAGGAGAGAACCUGGGAGUUCCUGACCGCCGUGGCAGAGAGUGAAGAGGAAGUGAAGAGGUGCUUUAGCGAAGGAACGUCCCUGAUUGCUGCUGGCUCCUUAUACUCCUCUCACACCCAGGCCUGGGCAGCACUCUGGAAAGGAUGCCGGGUCGAUGUAGAUGGGCCUCUCCCUUUGAGGCAGGCCCUGUAUGGAUGUCUCUAUUACCUACUGAGUGCAAUUCCUCCCCUGGAUUCUCCUGACUUCCUCUUCCAUGGAAUCAGCCCCGGUGGGUUAUCCAAUGGCACGCAGGGAGAAGACUACUGGGGGCACGUCUUCUGGGACCAGGACACGUGGGUAUACCCAAACAUCCUGUUAUUUUACCCUGAAGCAGCCCGAGCCAUCCUGAAGUACCGUAUUCGAGCACUAGGUGGAGCCCUGAAGAACGCCCAGGAGCAGGGAUACAAGGGUGCUAAGUUCCCUUGGGAGAGCGCAGCCACGGGCCAGGAAGUCUGCCCUGAAGAGAUUUAUGGAGCUCAAGAAGUUCACAUCAAUGGGGAUGUUUUGUUGGCAUUUGAGCAGUAUUAUCACGCCACACAGGACCAGAAGCUGUUCAGGGAGGAAGGAGCCUGGGACGUGGUCAGUAUGGUGGCUCAGUACUGGUGCAGCAGGGUGGUGUGGAGUCAGGAGGAGCAGUGCUACCACAUCAAAGGUGUCAUGCCCCCAGAUGAGUAUCACUACAGUGUCGAUAACUCUGUUUAUACCAACGCCGUGGCCCAGAGGAGCUUGAACUUUGCAGCCGACGUGGCCCGUGAUUUCCAGAUCCCUGUCCCUGAGGAGUGGCAGGAGGUUGCCAAGAAAGUCAAAGUGCCGUUUGAUGCAGCCAGGAACUACCAUCCAGAGUACGAUGGGUACAGCCCAGGUAAGCAGGUGAAACAAGCUGAUGUUGUCUUGCUCGGAUACCCAAUGAUGUAUCCCAUGAGCUCUGAAGUCCGAAGGAAUGACCUGGAGAUGUAUGAACCUGUCACUGAGCUGGAUGGGCCAGCCAUGACCUGGAGCAUGUUUGCGGUUGGCUGGAUGGAGCUGAAGGAGAUCCAGAGGGCGCAGAGUCAACUGAACAAGUGUUUCAACAACAUCACCGAGCCAUUCAAGGUCAGGCAGAUCUGGGUGGAGAACUCCGACGGGUCAGGAGCUGUGAAUUUCCUGACGGGCAUGGGGGGAUUCCUGCAGGCCAUCCUUUUCGGAUACACGGGGUUCAGGAUCACCAAGAGCAGCCUGAACUUCGACCCCAUAUGCCCGGACAACAUCAGCAAACUCAAAGUCACUGGAGUCUCUUAUCUUGGAAGCAAGUUGAACUUCACACUCACCAAAGAGAACGUUAGGAUAAAGGUGACAAAGUCCUCCCGUGACCCGCAGCUGGCCCCCCUGGAGGCUGUGCUGGUAGCAUCGGGGCAGCACAUUCCCUUGCCCGAAGGGCAGAGCGUCUCCUUCGCCACAGCUGCUGGCUGGAUCCAGAGAGCACCCACCGAGUCAUUUUAA